GCGAACUAUGACGCAAUCUCGCAACUGGAGAACACGGAAUGCUUGACUCUGCCGAUGUGCACAUUCAUUCGACUUUGAAAAGCCAAAGUCUCGCUAGCUCAGACUUGAACUCAUCCUGUGAUCUCAAACGGAGAAUAGAAGUGAAAAUGGCAGCCACUGUCGAACACACCCCUGCAACAGGAACCAUGGUUGCUCCCGCAGAGGAUGGGCAGCAUCAGCCAAGUGCCGCCAAUGCGCAGGCGCCGGCAGAAUUCCAAGUCCCCACGCGGUCCAUUCUCACUUCAGAGGACCUCGAAAAAUUCCAAACCAGCGAUACCCAUAAAGAAAUCCUCGGAUUUAUUGAGAGUCUGAGCGCCUCUGUACGAGGCAACACGCUGAGGACUGAGGUGCCAAAGAGCGAGACCGUGAAGAAGCUUAUAUCGAUACUGGAUCGCCUGGAUGAGUGGGUGAAAGAGAUCCCGCCUGCGGAGAAUGCAAAGUCCCGUUUCGGAAAUCCUGCUUUCAAGACGUGGUAUGACCGUCUGUCAACGCACGCGGAGUCACUGCUUGAAGAGAUUGUGCCAGCACCAGCAGCGCCAGAACUGGCAACGUACCUCCUCAACAGUUUCGGAAACCGGAAGCGCAUCGAUUAUGGGACAGGACACGAGGCUCAUUUCAUCGCCUUAUUAUUAUGUUUGAAGAAGCUGGGCUUCGUCACCGAGCAAGAUUAUCCUGCAUUAGUACUGUCGGUGUUUUGGAGGUACAUUGGCGUCAUGCGGAGUCUACAGUUCGCCUACUGGCUGGAACCAGCAGGAUCACAUGGUGUUUGGGGUCUUGAUGACUACCAUUUUUUGCCCUUUUUGUUUGGCGCUUCUCAACUCUCAGACCACAAGCAUAUCCGCCCGAAAGCCAUCCACGACCCUGACAUCGUCGAAGAAUUCUCCAAAGACUACAUGUACCUGGCCUGCAUUAAAUUCAUCAACUCAGUAAAGACAGCCUCACUGCGUUGGCACUCCCCCAUGCUGGACGACAUCAGCGGGGUCAAGCAAUGGUCCAAAAUCGCGUCGGGAAUGAUGAAAAUGUACGAUGCGGAGGUACUGCACAAGUUGCCCAUCAUGCAGCAUUUCCUGUUCGGAUCCCUGGUGGCUUUCGAGGGAAGCGCGCAACUGCAUUCACAUGAGGGCCAUGAGGAUGGGCACGGACACUCCGUGGGUGGGAAGAGCAUGAUGGAUGAUGAUGACCCGUGUGGGGACGGCCAUAUCCAUGCGUUUGGCCAGGAAUUUCCGCAAUGUUGUGGGAUUAGGAUCCCGAGUGCUAUUGCGGCUAGGGCGGCGGGUGGAGCGGAGGAUGGUCCUUCACAGCCAGCUAGACCACGGCCGUUACCCUUCGAUUAGAGCAUCCAGGCCAGGAGCUCAGAUCGCGACAUGCGCUC